GGACAUGUAUCAGAUGAGAAGGGGGAGUCACUCUGGAAUCCCUCUAAGCGGCUCUCUAGGAAGAGAAAAUGAUACACGUUUGUGUUUUGUACCUCGGUCGGUCAGUCACAACUGGGGCUCUUGUUCAAUUCAUCGAUCCGCUUUUUGUCUUCUUCUUUUAAGGAAAUAGCGCGACGGGGACAAAAGUGAAGCCAAUUAUUUUCGGUAGGAAAUAUCAACAACAACAACAGCAAAAAGGUCGAAAUUGUUUCUAUUUGUGAAUCGUCUUUGUUUUUCUUAACGUUUUUUUUGUCAAAGUAGACUGAUAAUCUGUUUGACUCCAUCGAGCUAAUCAAUAUCUUAGCGGUCAACAGGUUAGGAAGUAAAAGUUUUCAUUUUUUUAAAUAAAUGCUGUUCCCUAAUAUCUCCACAUAAUCCGCUGUACAGUGAAACCUGCGGCGGUGUGCGCGCUGCAUCCCGCUGCUCGGUGCAGCGCUUCAUUUCAUUCUUAUCGGAAGAAAACAAAAAACCUAAAACACAACGAGGGUAGAACUUUGCGCGGGGGGGAGAGAGAGAGAGAGGGGGGUGAGGAGGAGGAGAAGACAAGACAAACACAGUGGCAACGGGUUGGUCUCGAUACUCCGGGCGCUGCGGAUACAUGAGGAUCGCCACACAGUUGGUUCUCUCUCGCAGAAAUGCCAGUGCGCGCCGUGACCACCAGGUUCAUGUACAAGGGACUUUGCACAAUUCCAGAUGUCCUGUCCUACCGGACCCCGGUCAUCCUGCCCGAGGAUGAGGUGGAAGAGAUCCGUGAGGCUUUCAAAGUGUUUGACCGUGAUGGGAACGGCUUCAUCUCCAAGCAGGAAUUGGGAAUGGCAAUGCGCUCGUUGGGCUACAUGCCCAACGAGGUGGAGCUAGAGGUCAUCAUCCAACGGCUCGAUAUAGACGGUGACGGUCAAGUUGGCUUCGAUGAAUUUGUCACAUUGCUCGGACCGAAACUCUCUGCAGCUGGAAUGCCUGAUAAGUUCCACGGAGCGGACUUUGAUUCAGUGUUUUGGAAGUGUGACAUGCAGAAACUGACUGUGGAUGAGCUUAAGAGACUCCUCUACGACACUUUCCGUGACCAUCUCACCAUGAAAGACAUUGAGAACAUCAUCAUGACUGAGGAGAACCACCUGAACAGCCCGGAGUCCCACGUGGACAUUGACACGAGCCCAACUCAACAGGAAAAACACACCUGUGUGCGUAAAAGCCUGAUUUGUGCCUUCGCCAUCGCGUUCAUCAUCAGCGUCAUGCUCAUCGCUGCGAAUCAAAUGCUGCGCAGAGGAAUGAAGUAAAUUCUGCACCAGCUGGUUACGAAGAGAUCCAAGAGGGGACAACGGACACUGAAACAUCAACCAAAACACACUGUUCUCGGUUCGCCUCACCUCCAUCACCCCGGGGUGACUCUGUCACGGCUUCUCUCGAUAGCUAACGAAAUGAUGUCACGCGGCGGCUUUGAAUCACCAGGAAUGAAAAAAACAUAAAGGUAAAAAGAAAAACACAUUUCAAGGGCUGAUUAGUGAUGAAAAGACGAGCACGUCGUUAGUUCAAAAUGAUGCUGUUUUCUGAGAGAUGAGAUCGGAGAAGUCCGUACUGUAGUAAACAAAAGCUGUGCUGUGUCGAAUAUAUCAAAGCAUAUUACUGUCGUUUUGAAUGCACCCAAAAAUGAAAUAACUGAUGAUAGUAACGAAGCAAUAUAAACAUGAUUUAAAUGAACUGCUUUAAAUCACUAUAAAUGACUAUAUUCUGGUUAGUUAAUGAUAAAAAACUAUUUCCUCCAAAAUGUGUCUUUUAAGUCGACAUCUGGUGUCUAGGAUUAGAUAAAGAGGAAUCUGACUAAACAUCCUCUGGGAUCUGAACCUUCACACAACAGGAGCCCCACUAAGUCUGAACACAUCACUGGUCAACGCGGUAUUUAACGUUUUCUGCAACAGCCCUUCCUUCUGUCAGCCCUUCCACCCGUGUGGUUUUAAUAAAAGCAAUAUCAGUCAGUUCAUGACCCAGUCUAAAA